GCUAUAUUAUUUGAAAAUAAUAUAGUUUGAGUGUAAUAAAGCAAACUUAUAGAAAAAAUAAGUAGGCUUUGAAAAGCAGAACAGAGGGUUCUCCUCGCAACCAUAUGAUCGUCACCUUUGCCUUAACCUUUGGCCACUGUCGUCAGGAUGAGUACCAACCCUUCCUCUCCUUUUGAUCCUGAGCGUCAAGUCCGGAGCACGUUGAAGAAGGUCUUUGGGUUUGACUCUUUUAAGACGCCUUUGCAGGAGAGGGCAACCAUGGCUGUAGUGAAAGGCGACAAGGAUGUCUUUGUGUGCAUGCCCACAGGGGCAGGAAAGUCCCUCUGCUAUCAGCUCCCUGCUCUGUUGGCCAAAGGCAUCACCAUCGUGAUCUCUCCUCUCAUUGCUUUGAUUCAGGACCAAGUGGACCACUUGCUGGCCCUGAAGGUCCGAGUGAGUUCCCUGAACUCGAAGCUCUCGGCACAGCAGAAGAAGGAGCUGCUCUCCGACCUGGAGCAGGAAAAGCCCUGGACCAAGCUUCUGUACAUCACGCCAGAGAUGGCGGCUUCUGCCUCCUUCCAGCCCGCCCUGAACUCCUUGGCGUCUCGCCACCUGCUCUCCUACCUCGUGGUGGAUGAAGCCCAUUGUGUUUCCCAGUGGGGGCACGACUUUCGUCCUGACUACUUGCGUCUGGGAGCCCUGCGCCCCCGCCUGGCCCAUGCCCCCUGUGUGGCUCUCACUGCCACAGCCACCCCGCAGGUCCGAGAGGAUGUGUUUGCCGCCCUGCAGCUGAAGCAGCCAGUUGCUACCUUCAAGACUCCCUGCUUCCGGGCCAACCUCUUCUAUGAUGUGCAGUUCAAGGAACUGCUUCCUGAUCCCUACGGGAACCUGAGGGACUUCUGCCUUAAGGCUCUCGGACAGAAGGCUGAUAAAGGGUUGUUGUCCGGCUGUGGCAUUGUCUACUGCAGGACCAGGGAGGCCUGUGAACAGCUGGCCAUGGAGCUCAGUUACAGGGGCGUGAAUGCCAAGGCGUACCACGCAGGGCUGAAGGCUCCUGAAAGAACGCUGGUGCAGAACGAGUGGAUGGAGGAGAAGGUCCCUGUAAUUGUUGCAACUAUUAGCUUUGGAAUGGGAGUGGACAAAGCCAAUGUCAGGUUUGUCGCCCACUGGAAUAUUGCCAAGUCUAUGGCUGGGUACUACCAGGAGUCUGGCCGGGCUGGCAGAGAUGGAAAGCCUUCCUGGUGCCGUCUAUAUUACUCUAGGAAUGACCGGGACCAAGUCAGCUUCCUGAUCAGGAAGGAAGUAGCAAAACUCCAGAUGGAGCUUCUGUAA